AUGUACAUACGACCAGUCCACGCUGAGCUUGAUGUUCCUACGUUGCACCAGUUCAUCCGCGAAAACCCUCUUGGAUUAUUCACAACUGCGAUACCGCAUUCCAAAAACGCGACAUUACAAACCACGCACAUCCCAUUUGUUCUCGAUGCUCCCUCCGAAGAAGAUGUAGAGUCCAAAGGAGUACUUCGGGCUCAUAUGGCUCGGGCGAAUCCACAAACAAAAUCCAUCAUUGACUCCCUUACAUCGUCCGGAUCCAGUGAAUUGGAAGAAGAAGUAUUGAUCCUUUUCAACGCUCCUGUACAUUCAUACGUCACGCCAAAGUUUUACGUCGAGACAAAACCCAAAGACAGCAAAGUGGUACCCACGUGGAAUUAUGCAGCAGUACAGGUAUAUGGGAAAGCAAGUGUGUAUUACAAAAAUGAUACCAACACCUCUGCCUUUUUGCAACAACAAAUUGAAGAAUUAUCGGAGCAAAAUGAACGGCAGAUGUCGAAAAGACGAGGGAUAGAGGGGGAUAAGAGCUGGCAGGUAUCCGAUGCUCCUGACAAAUACGUGGAUCUAUUGAAGAAAGCUAUCAUUGGGCUGGAGAUUAGGAUUGAUCGGAUUGAAGGAAGAUUCAAGCUGAGUCAAGAAAGUGGUGAUGGUGAUUGGAUGGGUGUAGUGGAAGGAUACAAGUCCCUCUCAACAGAAGAAGGAGACAAGAUGGCGACGUUGAUAGAAAGUAGAGGAACAGAAAGGAUAUCUAAGAAAGGUGUUUGUCCGAUAUCAUAG